CUCAAACUUUCCCCUGUUAUCAUCCGUUACAUUCUAGUUACGUCGAAUUCCAUCUCAAUAUUGCAAGCACAAUAUGCUAUCCCUAUGAUGACCCUGCGAGAGUAACUGGGUUUCAUGCGCCAUGGACCCCCUCUCAAUAAUCGCGAGCGGUCUCACGCUCCUCACAGCAGUAGCAGCUGUAGCGGAGAAAACCGCGAGUCUGAAAAGCGCAGACAAAGCACUACAAACCGUGCUUGAAGAUCUAUCUGAUUUCCGGAUGCUUGUUCAGCAAGUCAACAUCUUGGUCGAUCAAUACCAGGCUGAGAUACCAGAACAACAGCGAUCUGAUUUAGCUUUGCUUUUGGAGAGGGCGAAGGGGAGGUUGGGGGAUUUGAACGAUGCUUUGCAGGGCGCGACACAAGAUGGAGGGAAGGGGAUAAUGAGAGCGAAGAAAUUGCAAUGGACGAGGCGGGCGAGCCACAUUGCUAAGUUGCAGGAGGAAUUGAAGGACCUGAAGCCGACACUGAGUACCUUACUAAACAGCAUUUCUACGUCGUGUUCUUUGCGACUGCAAGCUGCAGUGAGGGAAGUAUCUCAACAUACGUCCAAUUCCCAAAAUACCCGCGUUUUAUUCGAAGAUCAGGCAAUGCAAAAGCUUGCGAGACAAGAAGAUGCGAUGGAUCGGAUGCUCUCGAGCUUUAAACUCUUGGAACUCUCAAUCCUGCCAAGGACCAAUCCACGUCGAUUAGAGAGUGGAUACAAUGCAUUAGCUGGUCAAAGUUGUUCGAGAUGCACUCUCGUCCGCAGCAAGGGAAUCAGUCAAGCGUGUUUAUCUUGCAGCAAAAUUGCGAUAGGUAUGAGGUACAAGAAACAACCUGAUUUUCGCGUCAACUUCCUGGACAAAAAACUGCUUCUCCCAGGCGACCAUCUCGGUCGGAGAAGCUACGCCUAUCUAGAUACGAUGGUGUCGUCUUGGUACGCAGACACCGUCACCAUCUUCAUCAAAGUGUCUCGAGCACACGAAAGCCCCAACCUUGAACUUCGCGUGCGUGAAUUCAGACCCUCGGAACAAUUUCAACCCUACAUAUCCUCCAGAGUCUUUAUUGAUAUGAUCGGAUUACUUCCUCCUCGGACUGUCCGUACACGACCUUACGCCAUUCCUUACACACAUUAUGUUGAGUGUGGCAGACUCGAGAUGUGGGCUAGAGCGAGUCUGAGAUGGAAACUGGAGCAGAACAAGGACAGACCAGGAAGAACGCUUCUGUCGACUCUUAGCUUGCAGGGACAGGAGGUCUUUGCAAAUCACAAAUUCAUAAAUGCUGCGUUUACGUUUGCGGCAUUAACCCUGGUUUGGACAAGUCAUAUCUUCGCUACUGGAAAUACUGCAGAAAGUGCGGUCGAGAGACAUAAGUCGGCAUCGCCUUCUUCCAAACCCCUUAACCAUCACAAUUCCCAACGACACAACCGACCACACAGCGGUGAAUCUCCAAAACGCUCUACCGCCUCCAGAUAUCUCAACUUUGCAGACGACCAUUACGAUGGCAUAUCAACUUGCCCCGCGGCAAUAAGCUGCCAGCUCUCACUUCUCUGCCUAGAGAGAGCCCGGGAAAUUGAACACGACCUCCUUGCCGAUCUGCAAACCCUAAUUUUCGGUCAGAAUCACAGUGUCAGCGAGACAGAGAGGCUGUUCAUUGCGUAUAUUUCAUUGGCUUUGAUGAUGGAUGCUUAUGAGAAGUACCUGACUGCAUUCGAGGGAGUCGAAGAGCAGUUCCAACGAUGCCUGCAUUUGGUCGAAUCCCUCACCUCCGAAUUAGGCCAUUUAUUGAGGGGAGCGACGAUGGUGUAUUUCUUGCAGACAGUUAGCGGUGAGGAUGUGGAAGGCACUGCUUUGGCGAAGUUGGGGAGUGAGAUGAGAAUGAAGCUACUAGAUGAUGAUAAUCGAGAGUUCUUUGCAAGGCACAGUUGGGCCGCCUCUCAAAGCCGCGACUUCCGCGACAACGGAUUUAUAUUUCAAUGCCUACUUCAUGGGUUUGGUUAGACCUUUAUGUUAACAGACUUAACAGUUAGUUUCAACAGUAGAAGGUAAACAAAUAUAACAUUAUACAUACCAACAGAGUUGCACCUUUGCACAUAGGAGAGGCGAUAUGAUGUUUUGAACGGUUCCGAGGAGCCAAAUGUACUGGAAUCGGUUUGGUUGCCUCUGGAUAUAGAACGUGGGUAACGGGAGAUACUCCAAG